UCCUUUUUUUUGAAUGCCUGAGCACAGGAGCAUUUAAUUUAAGACACUCAAGUGAGAAACAAACCUGCAACAUCAGCAUGGCAUGUCUUGUGAAGUACUUGAUUCUUUGUCUUCUGGUUGCUGGUGGGAUGUGUGGAGAUCAACUGACAGCGAAUACAUUUCUGAAUAAAGGAGAAAGCCUCGUUUCAAAUAAUGGAUACUACAGAGCUGUCUUUCAGACUGAUGGAAACUUUGUCAUCUAUACGGUGAAUGGGAAGGUACUCUGGGCAUCCAAUACAGCUGGAAAAGCUGAUGCAGCUAAACUGAUUCUGCAGACUGACAACAACCUGGUAAUGUACACAUACGGGGGCGUGGCAGUAUGGUCAUCUAAGACAGCAAAGGCUUACGGCAGCAACUGUGUCUUGAUUAUGCAGAAUGAUGGGAAUUUGGUGACAUACAGAUCAACUUGUACCAUUUCACCGAUUGAUGCCGUCUGGUCCUCAGGAACUGCACAGAAAUGAUGAGUCAUUAAAGGCAACACAUGAAUGGAGACAGAUGUCAAGGCACACCUGACUGCAUGUAUUACUACCUUCGUGCUACUGAUUUGGCAUCAUCAGAAUGUUACAAUUUUGCAUUACAUUCUAUUUGUAGCCAAGAUUGUGGCUGAAAAUGAUCUUUGUGAUUUAAUCUUUAAAUGUUAAUCAAAUGAAUGAAAGAUACACAUAUAAAUUAAGUACAAGUAGAAAAUGAUACUAUUUUCCUGGAAUAUUUAUUAUUUUAUGUAUGAAAAGCCUUCAAUUAUUGUAGGUACAGAGUACAAUAAUAUACUUUUCAUAUUA